AUGAGAUUAUUAUUUAUAUUAUUGCUUCUUGUAAUUGCCAUAUAUACGCAAUCAACAUCCUAUCGUACACGCGAGACAAGAGGAAAGAAAGGAAAAUUCUUUUUACAUACAUUACACUCUGCAUCAUUUUUUAAUUCAACUGUUGGCGUCAAAUGGUCAGCAACAUCUAAAAAUCGUCCAAUACUACCUCAAUGGUUGAAACUUGUUAAAUCACGUUACUCUGCAAUUGCAUAUCUAACUGGUACACCAGUAACAGAUAAGCGACAGGUUCUAGUUCAUGUUAUUGCAACCAGACUAGACAGUUUCGAUAGUCAGCAGCAACAACUUGUGAUAACUCUAGAUGAAGAUGAUCGAUUUAAUGGACAAACCAAAGAGAUACUUGAAUUACAUUUGAAAAAUAAAUCUCCAGAAGAGUUAUUAACUGAUCGAACAAACUUAAUUGAUCAAUUAGAACGCUCAAUUUCCUCAGCAUUUAAUGCGGAUAAGGCAUAUCCAUACAUAUAUGACAUAGCACCAACGAUACAAAUUCAAAAUGAUGCCAAUAGAUACAUACAGGAUAUGGGAUCUAUCAUCUCUGUAGGAACACAAAAACAGUUUUCUAAAAGACUUCAUAGCUUCGUCUCUUCUUUACCAACUAAAGGAGAUGCAUGUAAGAAGAACAGUAUGAUACCUGUUAAUAGGUACUUUCAACCAUACUUCACCAUUGAUUGGUGCAGAACUCUGCUAAAAAAUUCUACCGUGGCAACUCUAUCGACUGUUAAGCCAGCUGUGAACAUAGACAGUCAACCUAUAUACUUGGAAGGAUACAACACGGAACCUCCGCAUGAUCCUCCUCAUCAAGUCAGCUCACUGCACAGCGGAUUCACAUUUUUCGAAGGUGUACUUCUAUUUCCAAUUAUUGCUGUCAUUUGCAUUUUCCUUGUUCUUAUCUUGAGCAUCAUAUUCUUCGGAAAACGAGAAGGCCAGCAAUGGCGAGAUUACAAAACAUCCAAAACACAAUUAGAAGAGUUUGCCAAUGUAAGAGAUACUCAGAGACAUCUGAGAGAGCUAUCAUUACAAAGACAACUAUUGAUUAUGUCAAAAGAUGAUACUUCUGUAUCAGGAGUACGAGCUUUCCUUCAACCAAAACAGCCAGCUUAUAAAGAACCCAAAGAGAAUAGCGAAUUACGUUCGAGUCAAAAUGUAUCAAAGUCAAUAGAAAGAAUACCAGUUGGCAAGCAAACAGUUGCUGAUGCUGCCAAGCAAUAUGGUGGACCAUUACACUUCUACAAAAAUCCUUUCGAAAGUGAAUCUGAUGAGAAGAGCGAUGGCGAAACUACAGCCGUCAAAACUCAACUUUAUUAUAGUUAA